AUGCCAACAUUUCUUACACCAGGCCGUCAUGGCUACAGUGUAAGAUUUUCUCGUGCCAGACCAGAUGCCCUUGCAGUUGCAACAAGCCAAUAUUAUGGCCUGGCUGGAGGUGGUACUCUGUUCUUCUUAGAAUUAUCCCCUGAAGGAACAACGGUAGUAGAAUUACAGAAAUUAGAAUGGAGUGAUGGACUAUUUGAUGUGACAUGGUCAGGUACUGCUGAUGGUGUGGCAGCAUGUGGGUCAGGUGAUGGGGCUGUUAUUAUUUGGAGAGGUGGUUGUUCAGCGCCCUUAAGAGUGUUAAGAGCUCAUCAUAGCGAAGUAUGCUCUGUGGACUGGCCAAGGGCUCACUUAUUGAGUGCCAGUUGGGAUACUACAGUUAAAUUGUGGGACCCCGAGUCUGAAGUGUGCCUCAGUACAUUUGCGGGUCACUCUCAACUGGUCUACACAGCCACAUUCUCGCCACACUCGCCAGCUACAUUCGCUUCGGUGUCAGGGGAUGGUCAUCUGAAACUGUGGACGUGUACAGAACCUUCUAGACCCGCAGCAGUUAUAAAGGCCCAUGAUGCUGAGGUGUUAUCAUGUGAUUGGAGUAGAUUGGAAACGCAUGCGUUAGCGACGGCCGGCUCAGACGGGCUCGUUAGGGGCUGGGAUCUUAGACGGUUAACAUCCCCCAUGUUCACAUUGAAGGGUUGUGAAUGCGCAGUGCGAAGAGUGCAGUUUUCUCCUCACGCGCCAUCUGUUGUAGCGGCUGUAUCAUAUGACUUUACUACUAGGAUAUGGGAUUUAAAAAGGGGUUGUGAUCCACUGGAAACGAUACGACACCAUUCAGAAUUUACUUACGGGCUCGACUGGAACACGCUCAGGCCCCACCAGCUGGCUGACUGCGGGUGGGACUCGUUGGUGCACGUGUUCACGCCUAGGUCACUGGUU